UCCCCGCCGCCUCGGGCGGAGAUGGCGCCGGGCGAGGUCCCCCCGCCCGCUCCGGGGUCGCCGCAGGGCAGCGCAGCGGCCGAGACGGUGUCCGUCAGGAAGCGGCGCGUUUCGGCCCAGAGGAAGGCCUUUUCCCUCUUCGUCAAAGCCAAGGAGGUUCCGGCCGCAGCCCCCGGCCCCGGCGGCGCGGGGUGCGUGCGGUGGCGGUGCUGCCGGCAAUCCUUCCAGGAGCUGGCCGGCAUCCACAAGCAUGUGGCUCUGCAGCACGGAGCGGACAUCUGGCGGCAGCUCGGGACGACCGACACCGGGCUGCAGGAAGAGCAGCUUGCGAAGCAGGCAGCGGAUGAAAAGAGCCCCGCGGCUCCGGAGGGCAAAGGCGGUGAGCCCCACGAUGGGCAGGCUGGCGGCACUCCCGAGAUCUCCGGUACCCUUCCAGACACGAGCCAGCUCAGCUAUGAGGACCUGACAAGCAAAAAGGGAGAAGUGCUUCUGUAUUACUGUUACUGUGAGGUGAAGGAUCCAGGGAAACUCUGUGAUUGGCAAAAGGCUCUGUGCCAGCAUCUGCAUCUCACUGGCAAGGUACGAGUUGCUUCAGAAGGGAUUAAUGGGACAGUCGGUGGAAGCAAAGUAGCUACCAAUCUCUACAUUGAAACUAUGCUUUCACAGCCUCUCUUCAAAGAUAUUUUGUGUCGAGAGGAUUUCAAGAGCAGUGCAGGAGGAGCACACUGUUUCCCAGACCUUCGAGUUGGAGUAUUCAAAGAAAUUGUACCUAUGGGCAUUGAUCCAAAGAUAGUGUCAUAUAAAGAAACUGGAAUCCAUUUAUCCCCUCAGGAAUUUCAUAGAGAAGUAGAACAGUAUUUGUCUCAGGCCAGUCAAGGACAAGGUGACACCAUCUUGCUGGACUGUAGAAACUUCUAUGAAAGUAAAAUAGGACAUUUCCAAGGCUGUCUAGCGCCAGAUAUCAGGAAGUUCAGCUAUUUUCCCAGCUAUGUAGAUGAAAACCUGGAGCUUUUUAAAGAUAAACGUGUCCUGAUGUACUGCACAGGAGGGAUUCGUUGUGAAAGAGGCUCCGCUUACCUUCGUAGCAAGGCAGUGUGCAGAGAGGUUUACCAGCUAAAGGGUGGAAUUCACAAGUACCUGGAAGAUUUUCCAGAUGGAUUCUACAGGGGGAAGCUGUUUGUAUUUGAUGAUCGUUACGCCAUUUGUUCCAAUGAAGAUGUCAUCUCAGCAUGCAGAUACUGUGGGACACUGUGGGACCAGUAUAAACUUUGUUCCAGCCAGCACUGCCGGCAGCUUGUCCUGACAUGUCCAAAUUGUUGCAACAAAGGUCUUACAGCUUGCUGUCCUGUUUGCCAAGAGAAAGAGCUCCGAGUGACUUCAGGGGCUUCAGGAGAGUCAGUGAAGGAGGAAUGUGAAUGUACAAGGCAACGGCAAAGGGUACCCAUUGAGCAUGUCUCACAAAGGACACUGAACACAGGAAAAGAUUAAACUGUUUCAGUAGUUAGUCUGACACAUGCUAAUGAGAAGGGCUUCUAUAACCAGAUCACUGUCUGUUACUCAGUUAGGUUUGGAAAUAAUGAAAAUGAGUUGUCUUUGAGAGUCUUGUUCAUAUGCUGCCUUUAAGCCUAGAGUAUGUCCUGAAAACUAUCCAUUACUUGAUUGCAAAUUGCCAGAGUGCCCAACCCACCACCAGCACUACAGGAUUCCUCUUCUUGGGUACAGUCUUGUAGCGUGGCCUCAACCAUGGGGAUUUUGGUGCAUAGUAUAUGCAAAGGGACACAGCUGCUCACAUUUCAAAACACAUUUCAUAAGAACAUAAUAUCAAUUCCGUUAUUUUACUCCUGCAUGGAGAUGGAUCUGUCUGACCUCUCUACUGGUCAUGCAUUUGCUUUAAUAUUUAGUGCUAGUGUGUGAAAACAGCAGAUCUAUCAAUUGGUGUGGGUACAUGACCUGAUUAUAGUGGAGAGUAUUUUCAAAGUAAAUGCCAUCUGCCUGCACCUCUUGCUUUAUACCAGUGAGAAGCAAGGGGCAGUAGCCUAAGUCACUGACAUGACACCUGUGCAAAACUGCCUGUAAAACAGCAUCAGGCCCCCUCUUCCAGCUGGAGCAAAGGUCCACAGGUAGACACUGUCUGCCCACACUGUUGUGUGUGGUCUAUUGGAUGAACAGCAAAAGUCAUUCUCAUUCCAGUGCACUGUCUCCUCAGGAGCUGCUGUUUCCCUCAACUUGUCAGCACAUGAAAUAUCCAAUGCUCUGCUCUGCUUGCACUGGCAAAAUCAACAGCUUGAAACAUGUUGAAACCGAGACACCCAGAGAGGGUAGCACAGAGACUGUAAAAAACCCCAGCAUUAUGGCACUGGAAGUGAUGCUAACAUGUGCUUAACUGUCAUGUCAGCAGCAGCUAUAAUGACUUUGCAAGAUCCAAGUUAAAUAACUCAAGAUUUGGGGAAUAUUUGCAAUUUGUAAACAUGGGCUGAGUUUCUCAAAAGUUCAAAUAUUUAUACAGUUUCCAGCUUCUAUUAGUGGGGAAAUAUAUUUGAAUUUGAAGGGAUUCAUAGUCUAUGAACUCAAAAUACUCCUCAGUGUACUGCUUUGUGUGCUUGAUGCUGUAGAAUGUACAGAAGGGUUUUAUUAAUAGUGUAGAAGUUGUGUCUUUACUCAAGAAUGUCUUUGAAACUUACUGUCAUUCUUGGUACUAAAUAGUAAUUAGUUAUUAGGAAAUCAGUAACACUGGGUUGUUGGCAUUUUUUGCUGACAGCUGCUUUUAAAAGCAAGAUAACAGUUCACUCAGGAUUCUGCAAUUGCAUUGCAGUUAAGGCCAUGUUAUUUUCAUAUAGAUUGAAGCUUUCUUCCUCAAUGCUAUGAAAUCAGCAAAGCCUCAUUGUUGGCUUUACUAGCAACAUGGGCAUUGGUUCCAUUAAAGC